AUGCUCGGUGAUAAUAAUAUUUUUCAACAUGCUGCUGUUGCUUCCUCGGCUUAUGCUUCUAUGGCUGCAUUUACUGCUGCUGCUAAUAUGUAUAAUUCAUUCUAUCCAACAACAAAUCCACAUGUAGAUCCUAUUAAUUAUUUUGGUUGUACAGAUACAAAACGUGAACAACUUGAUUCAAAAGUAUGUGUUAAACUUGAAGGUAUAGAUUUAUGGAAACGAUUUUAUGCGAUAGGCAAUGAAAUGAUUAUAACUAAACUUGGUCGACGAUUAUUUCCAACAUUUCGUGCUUCUAUUAGUGACCUUGAUCCAAAUAUGAAAUAUAUGGUUUUACUUGAUAUCGUACCUAUUGAUGAUAAUCGAUAUAAAUAUCAAGAAUCUGCAUGGAUUAUUUCCGGUAAAGCAGAACCACAUAUCUAUGGACGUUAUUUCGUUCAUCCAGAUAGUCCACAAACUGGCGCUCAAUGGAUGAAACAAUCGAUUCAAUUUAAUAAAGUUAAAAUAACAAAUAACCCAAUGCAAAAUCCUAAUCAAAUUCUUUUAAAUUCCAUGCAUCGAUAUAUAAUACGUUUACAUAUUAUUCAAGCAACUGAUGAUUAUUCAAUGCGAACAGGCCCUUUAAGUACAUUUAUAUUUGAUGAAACAGUAUUUAUUGCUGUUACUGCUUAUCAAAAUGAUGAGAUCAAAAAUUUAAAAAUUGAUAAUAAUCCAUUUGCAAAAGGUUUUCGCGAACCAACACAUGGAAAAAAGAAUAGUUCAAAAUCUCUCAAACGUCUUCAAUCAAGUCUUCCAUUAGAAAAAUCAACAAAAUAUGAAGAACAUCAUUCUCGUUUAUGUAAAAGUGAUUCAUCAUUAUUAUCACCUGAUUCAAUAUCACCACCAUUACACCAUACUAUUCCAGAUUCAACAACACCAACAUACAUAAAUCAUCAUGAACAAGAUUUAAAUUUUUCUCCUAUAUAUCCUCAUCAUCAAUUUCCUUAUAAUCCUUACACAAAUGAUUCAUCAACAAUGAUGUACAAUCCUUAUAUGAAUUCAACUUCACGAUCGACAAUGAAUAAUUUUCCUGCAUAUGGAUAUUAUCCAACAAAUAAUUAUAAUACACCCUAUUUUUGA